AUGGCCAAAGGAGGACGGAAAGGCCCUAAGGGCAAAAAGAUCACCUUAAAGGUUGCCAAAAACUGUAUCAAAGUUACAUUUGAUGGGAGAAAGCGUCUUGACCUAAGCAAAAUGGGAAUCACAACGUUCCCCAAGUGUAUCCUCAAACUCAAUGAUGUUGAUGAGUUAGAUAUGAGCAGGAAUAUGAUCAAGAAGAUACCAGAAACCAUUAACAAGUUCCAGAAUCUGCGCUGGUUGGAUCUGCACAGCAACUUCAUUGAGAAGCUUCCUGAUACCAUAGGUGAGCUAACCUCCCUACACUAUCUCAAUCUCUGCAAUAACAAACUAACCACUAACACCCUUCCCGUGGAACUCAAAGAACUGAAGAACCUACGUGUCUUAAACUUAGGUUUGAACCAUAUUGAUAAUAUCCCUACCACGUUGGGGCAAUUGAAGGAGCUUCAUGAGAUGGGUGCAUUUGACAAUCUCCUGACUACCAUACCCACUAGUAUCGCCAAACUUCCCAAACUAAAGAAGCUGAAUGUGAAGCGCAAUCCCUUCCCCCAGGAAGACGAGAGUGCAGAGUUUAUCGAUUCCAUCAAGCGGUUAGAAAAUCUGUAUUUGGUAGAAGGAAAAGAUCUCUGUGGACCCUGCCUGAAGAAAUGCCAAGACGCCCGGGACAAGCUGAAUAAAAUAAAGUCCAUGGCACCAGCACAAGCAAGGAAGCCAAACUUUAUGAAUCUCAUUAAUCCCAACUCAACAGCCAAGGAGUCACAAGAGGAAUGGAGGAUAUCCCCCAAGAUAUCAUCCCCCAAGAUAUCAUCCCCCAAGAUAUCAUCCCCCAAGAUAUCAUCCCCCAAGAUAUCGCAAUCGCAAACAUUGCUGGAAUCACCAAGCUAGAUUAUGGCAAAAAUCUGAAGACUAAUCAGCUAACAUGAAUGGAGUUUGAAGACGAAAAGCAGUCAAUUAGAAGACUACCUAAUAUGACAA